UACCAGAAAGUUCCUCCUAUAAAUUCAUCACAAAGAACUCCCUCAACUCACCACAAAAUCUCCUUUUUUUUUUUACUUAAAUACAUAAUCCAAAGAAACACCAUAUAAUGGAUCAAGAAGGAUCGUCACAAAGCCCUACUGGGCAUGGCCGUUCUUCCUCCGCCACCUCCAAUUCUACGGAACCGGUUCGGACACGUUGGUCACCUAAACCGGAGCAAAUCUUGAUACUUGAAUCCAUCUUCAACAGUGGUAUUGUUAACCCACCAAAAGAUGAAACGGUAAGGAUAAGAAAGAUGCUAGAGAAAUUUGGUGCAGUGGGAGACGCAAACGUCUUCUACUGGUUUCAAAACCGGCGGUCACGAUCUCGCCGGAGACAGCGGCAACUUCAAGCGGCCAAUGCCGCAGCUGUCGCCUCCAGAGGAGCUGAAGACCACCCGCACAUGACUACCAUGAACAUGCAUCAUCCUUAUAGCAACAACGAGACUGAUUUGGGAUUCGGAAAUUGUAGCAAUUUAUCAGCUAAUUACCAUUUUAAUGAGCCUUCAUCUCAAGUCUCUUCAUUUCUUCUUGGCCUCUCUCCUUCUUCCUUGAAUGGUGGAUGUGAAAGCAACAAUGGCAUGGGUGAUCUCAUCACAAUGUAUGGCCAUGAAUCUGAUCAUAAUCAUCAUUUUUCAUCAUCACCAGCAGUUCAAAUGACGCAUCAAAUUCAAGCCAAUUCUGAUCAGAACUCCAACUUCCACUACCGACAAGGGCUAAUAACGGUGUUCAUAAACGGAGUUCCGACGGAAGUAACAAAUGGAGCAAUAGACAUGAAAGCAAUGUUCGGGGAAGAUUUAGUGUUACUUCAUUCCUCUGGUCUUCCUCUUCCUACCGAUGAGUUUGGCUUCUUGAUGCAUUCUUUACAACAUGGCCAAUCUUAUUUCCUGGUACCAAGACAGACAUGAACUGGCUAUCUAGUGUUGCAACAUAUACGGUCGAUAUUUUGUUUUUACUUGUAUUGAUUUUGCGCCAACCGUGUAUAAAUGUAGAUUAAAAUAAAUGUUGAACUCGUCA